UUUAAAGUUGUACUUUUUGCACUUUUUCUCAAGUAAAUUUUUGACCAGACAACAUUUUCACUGAGUAUCUGUAUUUUUGUAUAAUGUUUAAGUAGCCUCAGAAUAAAGCCAGGUAACAAGUUUGUUGUAGUUAACGGAAUAGCAACGGAAGUGAGCUGCGGGAAAUGCGCUGAUGUAUGUGCUAAGCCAGUUUGAUGAUGUGCCAUAAGAAUAAACUCUGAAAAAAUAUACAAAUUUAAUUAGUCGGCGACAGUUUGUAAGUUUUAAUAAAAUGGAGAUGGCCGGCUGCGGCGCGUUUUAAAGCUUUCAUGAUGAAGAACAGCACAAAAACAAACCUGAACCUGUAAGUUCAUCAUCACAUUAACGUUAGCCUCACAUAGUAAAAUUUACUUUACUUGCAGGCUGAUCCUCCACCCAAAUCGACAUACAAGACACCUCCGCCUGUGCCAAAGGAAGAAAAUCACAGUGGUGUCAACAAAUACACUUAUUUUGUGUGUCAAGACCCAGACUACCAAUGGUCACCCCUGCUCAGAUUAGAGUAGCCCGGCAGACCCCCAGGUUCAUCACAGGAAGGCUCGAUGGCACGCACGUCAGCCCUCUGGGAUUCUAUCAGUUUGGGGAGGAUGAAGGCGAGGAUGAUGAACUUUGAGACAGCUAUGAGGAGAAUCUUAACUUUAAGGGCAUCCGUGUAAAUGAGUCUCUUAAUCUAUGGGUCCAUCAUAUACAGCAUAUACUUACACAGUUUUCCAUCGCUGUGCUGCGCUCUCUGGCCUGGAUCGUAUGCUUAUGCUAGUGGCAGGAAGUUUGGAAACAUAUACAAUAGGCUGGGGGAUAAAAUAUAUUGGAGAGGCAUUCUUUCACCACCCAAAAAUGGGUAACCCCAGUGGGCCUGAAAUCACAGAGGCCCUGGACCCCAGUGUGAAGGAAGAGGAUGAGACAGAGGAUCUGGAAGAUGAGGAGGAGGAGGAUUAAAGCAGGCAAAAAUAAACCUGCUUCAGAAGGUGUGUUGAUGGUCAGAUGCUUAAAGUUUUAUAUGUGCAGUUCCUUAAACAAUCCAUUUCAAUCUAAACACUUUGUACUGUAUGUAUGCCCACAUCGUUGAAAUAUUAAUACUAAACAAAAAUGGAGGGAAUCAAAUAAUUAAUUAGCUUUUUAAAUCAGUUUAACAUAGAUUUUGAUGAAUUAAUGCAUGCUUCCACUGCUUGCCUUCAAACAUUAUACUUCAGGUUACACUUCAUUUUUUGAUACAUUAAGCUUAUUCUGCCAUGCU